AGGGGUUUGAGGAAUGUGCCUCCUGUAGGUGGAUGUCUGCAGGAAUCAUGGGUGGAGCUGGAGUGAAGGAGGAGCUGUGUGUAAGUGUCACCUCACUGUUUCCUGGAGUCUUCAGAUGAUUAUCAGCGACCCGACAGUUUAGACAGAGACUGCUGCUCACUCGUCCAACAUGGUCUGCAGGACGCUCUGCUGGAGGCUCGUGUUUGUGACGCUGCUGGGGUUUGACGCUCACAGAGCUCAGGAGUGUGAGGAGAUGACAGACCUGGAUCUGAAGCACUCUCUGUCUGGGACGUCUCUGAAUGUGAGGCUCCUGCUCUACACUCGGGUCAAUGUGUCCUGCGCUCAGCUGCUGUCCCAUCGAGAGCCCUUCAGAAACCCUCGCUUCAACCUCAGCUCCCCGAGCACCUUCCUCAUCCACGGCUACCGGCCCACCGGCUCGCCUCCCGUCUGGCUCACUCAGUUCGUGCAGCUCCUCCUGCAGCGCCGCGACAUGAACGUGAUCGUGGUGGACUGGAACCGUGGGGCCACCAACAUAAACUACUGGAAAGUGGUGGAUAACACACGCAAGGUGGCUGCAAACCUCACCGACCUCAUCCAGAAAAUGGAGGUCAACGGGGCCAAUCUCAGCUCCAUACACAUGAUUGGUGUCAGUUUAGGGGCCCACAUUUCAGGUUUCACAGGGGCCAAUUUUAAUGGAAGAAUUGGCAGAAUAACAGCGCUGGAUCCAGCAGGGCCGGAGUUUAACGGUCAGCCCCCCAGCGAGCGUCUCGACCCGUCUGAUGCCCAGUUCGUGGAGGCCCUGCACACAGACAUGGACGCGUUGGGCUAUCGUGAUCUCCUGGGUCACAUCGACUAUUACGCAAACGGUGGAGCGGAUCAGCCUGGAUGCCCCAGAACCAUCUUUUCAGGCUCAGAGUAUUUCAAGUGUGACCAUCAGAGGUCAGUGUUCCUCUACAUGAGCUCCAUCAGCGGCUCCUGUCCCAUCACCGCCUACCCCUGUGACUCCUACACACUCUUCCGGGACGGGAAGUGCAUGGACUGUGGGAAGUUCACGCCGGACGGAUGCCCUGUUCUGGGUUAUGAUGCUGUGCGCUGGAGGGACACACUGGUGCAGCUGGGACAAACCAGGACAUAUUUCCAAACUAAUAAAGCGUCUCCAUUCUGCAAGUUCGGCUACAAGCUUGAUAUUGUCACAUGGAACCAGAAGACACACUGGGGAUAUUUAACUAUUAAAUUAAGCAACAGAAAGGAAGAGGCGCAAGUUGAACUCAAUCAUAAAUCCCUGAUGUUUGAGAGGUUUGUGGAGAGCAGCGUUCUGGCUCAGUUUGACCGAGACGUCCAGCCUGUGAAAGAGAUCUCGCUCAAGUUCUGUACGGGGAAAGGACUCCGGCCACGCAAGAAACUGCGGCUCCUGCGCAUCCGCCUCACUCCUCUACAGAACCACCUCAGCAGGCCUCUGUGUCGCUAUGAUCUUCUGCUGGAGGAAAAUAAAGAUGUGACGUUCAGACCGAUUCCCUGUGAAGACUCGAACGUCUGAUCCAGACUCGUCUGAACGAACCGCUGGCUCUCUCGGUCAGUUACUGAAGCAGCUGUCAUUAGUCUUUAACUUAAACCGAUCUGAAGCGGUUCCUCUCGGGUCAACGUCAGUGUUGUCUUCCAGGGUCCCUUCAGAAUUGUUUGUUUUAUUCUCUUCAUGAAGGGACAGCUACAUUUGUUUUUAUGUAAAGUAAAUAAAUAUUUUUGUAAAUAAAUAUUUUUCUUGUUCUUGCCUCUUUAUGUCAGUGAUAUUUAUGGUAUUACUUUAAUUUUCUUUGUUUUAACGCUGUUGUUACCAGUGUUUUUCCUACAGG